AUGGCUGCCGGGACACUCCCACUGGCGCUGACACUCGAGCUCCAGUGCGAUCUCAAAUACCCGCAAUGCUCCAAUUGCGAGGCGGCGGGGACCGAGUGUCUAAGUUAUGACUUGGGCAAGCAGCGCGAAAUCCCCCGCGACUACGUCGAGAGCUUGGAAGCCCAGGUCGAGCGCCUGAAAGCCGAGGUGCAGCUUCUUGGCUCGCGGCCUGGUGCUGUGCCGAACAAUGAGCCAUCCUCCUCGGAGCAAGCAUCGUCGGCUACUCCGCAUUCCGACCGUGAGACAAGUUCUGAGCUCUACACGUCACUUGCGCUGGCCGUUCUGGAUCCCUCUGACGAGCCGAGAUUCAUCGGAACCUCCAGCGGAGUGACCUUGGCCAAGGCGAUAUUGGGAUCACUGGAGUGCGACAUGCCUGCAUCCCCGUCAGUACGUUCUUCGCAAGAACCAAACAUGAACGUGCUUCUUCCCAGAUCAUCACCGCCGCUGCCAUCAAAAGAAUCCGCCACCUAUCUCAUCGACGUUUACUUCCAAUGUCGAACGCCACAUUUGCCUCUGAUGGAGCGGGCAGACAUCCUCACAUGCGUACACAAUGCCUACCUGGCCCAUGACAACGAAGCCGCGACGGUGGCCCAACGCAAGGGAAGAGAUGUCUUUGUAACCUUGAUGAUAUUUGCCAUCAGCUGCUGCGGGCUCAAGGGCCAAGUCGGAAGGGGAGCCUCUGAUCGAAGCGAGUCCUUCUUCCACUCGGCCGUUCAGUGUCUCGACUCGACCGUCGGCACCGCUGCCAACGAUACAAAGACGCUCACAGAUAUAUUGUUGCUGGCACAGUACGUCUCACUAUCGCCCUCCAAAGGCAAUCUCUGGACCCUGUCAGGCCUUGCAUUACGGACCUGCAUUGAGCUAGGAUUCCAUUGGGAAACGAACCUUGCGCUGAGGGUAACGAAAGCACAGCUCAAUGAGCGGCGCCGGCUUUUCUGGGCAGCCUACUACUUCGACAGGCUGCUCGUCGUCACAGUCGGCAGGCCCUUGGGCAUCGAGGAGCAGAGCCUGGGUGCUGGCUACCCAGAACCGCCUCCCGCGCAUCCGUCACCCGAGGAGCGGCAUGCCCAGUGUGUGGCGAACCACAUUGUGCGCCUCGCCAGGCUCGAGGCCGAGACUAAGCACGUCCUCUACCGCCAGCAGCAGACGGCCGCUGUGGCCUUUCCGCAGCCCGACUAUCAUACGUGGAUGGAGGACAUCAAGCCCCGGCUCGAGCAGUGGCACGCCGAUAUCCCCCUGACGCAGGAAGCGCACCCGGCGAGCAUCUAUGCGUCUUCAAGCUGGUGGGGGGCAACCUACAGCCACGCGCUGCUGCUGCUCCACAGACCGACCCCUCGGGUCCCCGAGCCAUCCCCUGCGUCCCUCCGCAUUUGCUUCGAGGCGUCCGCCAAGCUGAUAGAGUGCACCCAGACCCUGCUGAGGGAGGGCCAUCUGGACAUGAUCUGGGUUUGGGCCCAUCGCCUCUUCGUGGCCGGCCUGCUGCUCACCUACUCGGUCUGGAACUCGAACGAGCUGAGAAGCUCGCUUGCCUCCGAGAAGAUUGUCAAUGUCGGCCAGGUCUGUGCCUCUAGCCUUGCGGCGGUGGCGGAGAGGUACCCAAAAGCAGCAGGGUGCCGUGACGCCAUCGAGUCCAUGGUGGCUGCUACAGUACGGAGGUUGUUCGCGCCCCAGAACCGGGCUCCCACGUGGCCCGUGGGCGCGGACUCCGGCACCCAUCAGCCGGACGGCUUUUGGCCCCCACCGCAGCCAGACCAUCCAGACGACUUCAUGGCGGGGAUAUACUCACUGCUGCCGGAGGAUCUAUGGGUCGUCGGCCAAGGUGCGUGCCAGGGAUUGGGGUGGCCGAUUCUCCCAGACGACAAUGAUAGGACGGUACCAUGGAGAGAGUUGGAUGAGAGCAGCCUCCAGUUUGGCGAAUCUAUGCCUGACAGUGGAUAA